GCAGGACUGACUGCUAAGCGAAGAGAAAGAGGUGCGGUGUUGCGUGACUGGCUGCGGGACGAUCGAGAGAGCGUGUGUGUUUGUUGUGUUGUACAGAUUUUUAUUCUCCUUUCACGGGAAAGAAACGACCGCACGCUUGGAAGAAGCAAAAUGUCGUCGUACAUCCAGGUCGCGGAGGACGAGAGCGACGAGCCGAUAGAGCUACCGACGGAGGACGAUAGCACACUCUUAUUGACCACCGUGACCGCCCAAUUUCCCGGAACGUGUGGCCUGAAAUACCGCAAUCCGGAGUCACGGACGAUGCGCGGGAUCCGUCUCGUUGACGGACGUCUUCAUCCGCCUGAGAAUGGAUGGGGCAAAGCAGUUUACUUUUGUGUCUUUCCAAAAGAGAACAAACGUAAAUCUGAUGACAAUUUGGAAAAUUCCACAGCUAAGACUAAAAGAAUGGAAACAAAGUUGCGUUGCACAGACUUGAUUGUACUUGGUUUACCAUGGAAAACUACCGAACAGAACUUGCGCGAGUAUUUUGAAACAUUUGGAGAAGUGCUCAUGGCUCAGGUGAAGAAAGACGCAAAAUCUGGACAAAGCAAAGGAUUUGGAUUUAUUAGAUUUGGAAGUUAUGAGUCCCAAUUAAGAUGUCUUGCCCAAAGACACAUGAUAGAUGGUAGAUGGUGUGACGUCAAGGUUCCCAACAGUAAGGAGGGAAUGAUUCAGCAAGUACCCUGCAAGGUAUUCGUGGGACGCUGUACAGAAGACCUAACCGCUGAUGAUCUGCGCGACUAUUUCUCCAAAUACGGCGAAGUGACGGACGUGUUCAUCCCGAAACCAUUCCGUGCAUUUUCGUUUGUUACUUUCUUAGAUCCCGAGGUGGCCCAGUCACUGUGCGGCGAGGAUCACAUUAUUAAAGGGGUCUCCGUGCAUGUGUCGAACGCCGCGCCGAAAUCGGAAGGGAACAAUAAGAAUUUCAAUAAUCAAGUGAACUCGAACAUGCGUAGAGGCGCCCCCGGCGGCGGACCGGUCGAGAAUAACGUGCAGGGUAACUAUCAGGGUAACCGUUACAUGGGACAUUCAGGUAACAAUAUGGGCCCGAACGGCUGGAACAAUCCCGGGAAUCGCGGGAAUCUGGACAUGCCGAAUCUACAAGCGUUGGGGAUCACCGGACAGAAUAACGGAGGCGGCGGCGGCGGCGGUAUGUCGAAUCCCCUGGCGAUGGGCGGUCUGAAUCUGUCCGCGUUACCGGUCAAUCCGGCCCUGGUGGCCGCCGCGUUGAACCAAGCAUCUUGGGGCUUGAUCGGUAACUUGCAGAAUCAGGGAAACGAUCAGGGAUAUUCGAACCAGCCUGGCCCACCUGGCCAGCCGCCUUCCGGGAACAAUAGCAUUGGUAACAGUGGCAACUCUGGCUUUCUCAGUUGGAUGAAUCAGGGUGGUAGUGAUGGUAAUACAGGCAAUCCUGGAACAGGUGGACCAGGCCCGAAUAACCCGAACGCGUCCCAAGGUGCUUGGCAGAAUCAUCCGGGGCAGCGUGAUCAGAAGUCGAACACCUUUCUCAAGUACGAGUAGACGUCUGCGUUCAAUCAACCGCCACCCUAACCAACCCCCCUCCUCCCCGGGACGGUGAUGUUUCUAGAGGAGGAAGAAAUUUCGGCGGCGAAUCCGUUCCUUUGAUCCUGACGCAUUAACGCACCAGCGACCGAGAGAACGAACAAGGGGGAGAGAUGGUCUAGGCAACCUCCUGUUUGUAGUAGGUACAAAUUCCAUGAUUUUGU